AUGCGCCGAUCCUCGCGGGAGGUUACGCUCAGUAGCUCCAAUCAUCGUCUAGGAGCCGCUAGAGAAGUCUGUGUGGAUGAUAAGUCGAUCAAGGAGCGUCGGUUGCAUCCAAAACGCAACGUUCAACGGCGUAUGCGGAUCUCGAAAGAGUCGAUGAACCGUUUGGUGAUGGAUUAUUUAGUAGGAAAAGGUUAUCGACAAGUAGCUGAAGCUCUUUGGCGUGAUUCGUCCACCAAACCACACGUCGAUUUACAAUUGGUACAAGAACGUAUGAGUAUCCAACAGCUUCUACUCAAGGGACAGAUACAGAAAGCACGUGACAAAUUGACCAUUAUGGAUCCAGAGUUUCUGGAGAAGAACAGCGGGAUGGAUUUCUUAUUGGCCAAACAAGAGCUUAUUGAGCUGAUUAAGGUUCACAAUAUUGAAAAAGCACUGCAAUUUGCUAUCAAGAACCUUGCUCCUUUCGGCCAAAAGAGUCCCCAAUUCCUUCGUGAGAUUGAAAGGACGAUGUCUGUCAUUGCAUUCAAGGAUCCGUCCGAGUCGCCGCUCGGAUAUUUACUGGAGCAGACUCAACGCCGCCGCGUGGCGAACGAAGUCAACUCUGCGAUCUUGCGUAGUCAAAAACAAGAACUAGAGCCCAUGCUACCAUCAAUGGUCCAACAAUUUCAUUUUAUGGAAAAUCAGCUGGAAGCUAAGAUCAAUCGCCGCUCGCAAGGCAUUCAAAUUGAAGACUCGACUCGUUAG